AUGGAAAAUGCACAUGGUUCCAUUGCUGGAAGCUACACAAUCCUUCCUGCAUACUUAGCCCUUUUGCAAAGAACCAAUCCUGGUAGUAUUUUCUUUCUUGACCAUGUUGAAGAACCUCUUGGUGGUUCACGGUUUAAGUUUGCCUUCAUUGCGUAUGGAGCUUCAAUUGCUGGGUUUCCUUACAUGCGUAAAGUAAUUGUGGUCAAUGGUGCAAGUCUAAAAUGGUGGUAUGGCGGAUGUUUGCUGUCUGCUUGUGCACAAGAUGCAAACUUUCAGAUUUUCCCGCUCGCAUUCGCUAUUUUCGAUUACGAGAAUGACGCAUCCUGGCAAUGGUUUAUGUCGAAACUCAAUAUUUUGUCGAGGAUUCGGCGGACCUGGUCUUCAUCUCCGACAGGCACAAAAGCAUUUACACAUGAAUUAACAAGGCCGGAGAUGCACACGUUGUCACCGCCAAGGCCACAACCGUGCCUCUUGCCGUAA